UCAGCCUCUGGAGCAUGGAGCAAAGUGGCCAUCUUCAUGGGUCCCUGGCAUCCUUCUCAAUGCUUUCCUGGCUGGUCCUUCUUGCAGGUUCUCAGCAGGCUUCUGCAGUUGCUCCUUUUUCACCCCUCAAACUGUCUGUUUCACCUCCAUUAAGUACCUUUGCUCGAGGAAAACAGAUCUCUCUAAUAUGCUCCAUCCCGGAAGGACUCGGGGCAACUGUGAUCUUUUUCCAUGUAAAGGCAAGAGAUGGUGGAUGGACCACCUAUACACGGCAGUUAGAAAAUACCUUGGACCUCAACACAACACACCUGGAAACAACACAAACAUUUUCCUGCUCAUACUUGGGAGAAGCAUUCCAGUCUUCACUGAGUAAUGAUAUUGUUAUCUCCAUCAAUGAUCCCCAGGCAACAUCUGUACCUCCAACUGCUCCACCAGCACCCAGAUUGUUCUUGUCCCCUUCAAGAAGCAACUUUAUCCAAGGAGAACAGAUUCUGCUAACAUGCUCUUUCCCACAAGGACGAAGGGCAAAGAAGUUCCGUUUUUAUGAAAAAAAUACAAAUGGCACAUGGACUCCAUAUAAAUCUCAGGCAGAAAAUACCUUGAACCUCUCCACAACUAACAAUCAAACAUUUGUCUGCUCGUAUGAGGAGAACAAUGCAGGAAUAUCAGCUCAGUCCCUCCAGAGUAACCAUGUUGUUAUCUCCAUCACUGGAGAUGUCCCCUCGACCCCAAGGCCAGUGUUCUCCAGCACCACCCAGACGCUUCCUGGCUCUACGGUUACAAAGGGACGUUUCACUUCCAUUACAAUCUCGACACCAACAGCUUUGCAACCUGGCACCACCUACACCACCAAAGCCCGCCCUGAAUUCACUCAGCACCAUGGAUCGAUGACCUCCACCUACAGCCCUUCCCAAUCUGCGGUCGCCUACACCACCAGCACCCACCCAAAAUUCAUGGUGACCUCUGGGUCAACAACCCCCACGCCCAUCACCUUGACCAGCACAGAUCCUCAGAACACCACACCCUCGCCUGCCAGCUCUGGCAUUGCAAAGCGGUCAGAUGAUGAUACCCCAGAGUCAGAGGAAGGUACCCCUCCUCCAGUCUUAACAUAAUUACUGCAUCCUAAGUAAUUGUUGGUUUGCUGCCCUUUACUGACCAA